AUGCGCUCGAUUCAGGGUGCAGCUCGUGUCGCUUCGCGCGCACUCGGAGCCUCGCCAUUGCGACAAGGCCAACCCAAGAUCACUCCCGCGGGAUCGCAUCGGACUUUAUCGGCGCAAUGGUUAGCAGCGCGACCAUUGCACACGGUGCCACCACGAAAGGCAGCAUCCGCCUCGGCAGAGUUAACAGAAAGAGACUCCUCCAACCCAGCAAUGUCAUUUCCCUGCCUGGAUGCCCAAGAAGCCCGGUCCGCACAGCUCUCCGCGCGGUCGCUCGAGUCCGGCCCUGAACCCUCAUACACAACCGGCCAACACGAAUCCUUUCACUGUGACCAACCCCUCCUCCUCGACUGGGGCGGUGUUCUCCCAGAAUUCGACAUCGCAUAUGAAACAUGGGGCGAACUGAACAGCGACAAAAGCAAUGCCAUCCUCCUCCACACCGGCCUGUCAGCCUCAAGCCACGCCCACAGCACAGCCUCCAACCCCAAACCAGGCUGGUGGGAGAAGUUCAUCGGCCCAGGCCUACCACUAGACACAAACAAAUACCACGUCAUCUGCACAAACGUCCUGGGAGGCUGCUACGGCAGCACAGGACCAUCAUCCGUCGACCCAUCUGACGGCAAGCGCUACGCUACCCGCUUCCCAAUCCUGACCUUAGACGACAUGGUGCGCGCUCAAUUUAGACUCCUAGACGGCCUGGGAAUCAAGAAGCUAGCCGCCUCCGUCGGCUCCUCCAUGGGCGGCAUGCAGAGUCUAGCAGCAGGCGUGCUCUUCCCAGAGCGCGUUGGCAAGAUCGUCAGCAUCAGUGGCUGCGCCCGCAGCCACCCAUACAGCAUUGCGAUGCGGCACACGCAGCGCCAGGUCCUGAUGAUGGACCCGAACUGGGCGCGCGGGUUUUACUACGACGCUAUCCCGCCGCACUCGGGUAUGAAGCUCGCGCGUGAGAUCGCUACUGUGACGUACCGCAGUGGACCGGAGUGGGAGAUGCGGUUUGGCCGUCGUCGUGCGGAUCCUAGUAAACAGCCUGCGCUUUGUCCUGAUUUCCUUAUUGAGACUUAUCUUGACCAUGCCGGUGAGAAGUUCUGUCUUGAGUAUGAUCCUAAUAGUUUGCUUUAUGUUUCUAAGGCCAUGGAUCUGUUUGAUCUCGGUCAGGCGCAUCAGUCGGAGACUUCGAAGCGUCGUGCUGAGUCUGAGGAUCGCAUUAAGAAUGGUGGAAUCGAGCCGAGUGUUGCCGAUGCUUCGUGCAGUCUUACUCUCCCUGACAGGCCGUACGAAGAACAGCCUAGCUCGACUUCCUCUGUACCACCUCUCGAUCAGUCCGCCUCAGUUGACCAAGCUGAUGGUCCCCCGCGCGAUCUCGUCGCUGGUCUGGCACCCCUCAAGAACCACCCCGUUCUUGUUAUGGGUGUGGCCAGUGAUAUCCUCUUCCCUGCUUGGCAGCAGCGUGAGAUCGCGGAGACUCUCCGCGCCGGCGGAAACAAGAAUGUCGAGCAUAUUGAGCUUGGGGAUGAUGUCUCCUUGUUCGGCCAUGAUACCUUCUUGUUGGAUCUGAAGAACAUUGGUGGUGCCCUUGGCAAGUUCUUGCAAUAG